AUGCUUAUCUCUGUUUCGCCAGCAAGAUUUUGCUCACUUCGCCUUAAGUACCGCCUUCAAAGACACCCCCUUUCUCACACAGCACCGCCUCUCAAUAAUCCUACAUUGUUCACCAGAAACUCCAAGGCUACCCAUUUUGUUCCCAGAAAAAAAUGCGCAGCUAAUAAUAACUAUACUGUUUCUCUCUCGGUUGCUUCUCGUGAUUUUAAAGAUUUCAAUGAUGCUGAAGUUGUCAUGCAACAGAAACCUCAGGAGACACAAGGAGUGAAGGAGAAGAGUUUCUGGGGUGCUGUUGGUUUGAUAAUUGGUACAGCUGUGGGACUGUGUAUCGUCCCUCGGUUUCAAGAACUUGGUGGCAAUGGCCUCGCCUUCACCAUAUCGCCAUCUAAUGAACUCAGUGGUUUACAAAGUCGGUAUCUAGGACUCUUUAAUAUAACUAAUAUGGGAAACUUCGCAAAUCAUUUAUUUGCAGUUGAGUUUGAUAAAUUUCAAAGUGAUGACUUCGGAGAUAUCGACGACAACCAUGUUGGCAUCGACAUCAACAGCUUGGUUUCGAAUAAAUCUUCAACUGCAACUUACUUCGAUAACACUUCAACCUUACAAAAUUUGAGUCUCACGAGUGGCACACCAAUCUUGGCAUGGAUCGAUUACUAUGCAACUGAAAAUUUACUAAAUGUCACCAUCUCUCCAAACUAUCCCAGACCAAGAUUGCCCUUAUUGUCUUUUAACGUAAAUCUUUCACCCAUCUUUCAUGAGUUCAUGUAUAUUGGUUUCUCUGCAACAGGUCAACUUUCUAGUUCUUAUUAUAUUUUAGGGUGGAGUCUUAAAAUCAAUGGAGAAGCUGGAGCUCUUGAUCUCUCUUCUCUUCCUUCGAUUCCUCAGAAGAAGAAAAAGCAGACAGAUUUGACAAUUGGCCUUUGUAUACUAAAUUAUAGUAGAUAG